CCCCAGCCCACCAUGCCGUCGUCCAAGAGCGGGAGCGAGUUUUGGAUCGAUGGAUCCCACCGGGAGGCGGCACUGGAAGAUUUCUACGUCGUGGGCCCCGAGCUGGGACGGGGAGCCACCUCGGUGGUGUUCAGCUGCCAGGAGAAGGGCACGGGAGCUCCCUACGCUGCCAAGAUCCUGAAGAAAACGAUCGACAAAAAGAUCGUGAGGACGGAGAUCGGGGUCCUGCUGCGGCUCUCGCACCCCAACAUCAUCAAGCUGAAGGAGAUUUUCGAGACGCCCUCGGAGAUCGCGCUGGUGCUGGAGCUGGUGACGGGGGGAGAACUCUUCGACAGGAUCGUGGAGAGGGGGUUCUACAGCGAGCGGGACGCGGCGCACGUGGUCAAGCAGAUCCUGGAGGCUGUUUCGUAUUUGCACAAGAAUGGAGUCGUGCACAGGGACCUGAAGCCGGAGAACCUGCUCUACGCAGACCUGUCCCCCGAUGCACCCCUCAAAAUCGGUGACUUCGGGCUCUCCAAGAUCGUGGAUGAGCAGGACACCAUGAAAACCGUGUGUGGGACACCGGGGUACUGCGCCCCCGAAAUCCUGCACGGCUGUCCCUACGGGCCAGAGGUGGACAUGUGGAGCGUGGGUGUCAUCACCUACAUCCUGCUCUGUGGCUUCGAGCCCUUCUUCGACCCUCGUGGGGAUCAGUACAUGUACAGCCGGAUCCUCACCUGCGACUACGAGUUUGUGUCCCCCUGGUGGGAUGAGGUGUCCCCAAACGCCAAGGAUUUGGUGAGAAAAUUGAUUGUUUUGGAUCCCCAGAAGAGGCUGACGGUUCAGCAGGCCCUGGAGCACCCCUGGGUCACCGGGAAAGCAGCGAAAUUCGCUCACAUGGACAGCACACAGAGGAAACUGCAGGAAUUCAAUGCCAGGAGGAAGCUGAAGGCUGCCAUGAAAGCCGUGGUGGCCUCCAGCCGCUUGGGCAACCACGGCCACCACGACUGCUCCCGCAGCGGCCGCGCCCAGGGGAGACCCCGAGGCCUGGCCCGGCCCGUGGGGACCGGCGGCCCUGAGGCCAACACGGAGCUCGGCGUGUUCCAGAGUGACAGUGACAGUCACCACCCUGCCAUGACACCAGUGACCAUGUUCCAGAGUGACAGUGACAGUCACCACCCUGCCAUGACACCAGUGACCGUGUUCCAGAGUGACAGUGACAGUGACCACCCCCCUGUGACACCAGUGACCGUGUUCCAGAGUGACCACCCUGCCAUGACACCGGUGACCGUGUUCCAGAGUGACAGUGACAGUCACCACCCUGCCAUGACACCGGUGACCAUGUUCCAGAGUGACAGUGACAGUGACCACCCUGCCAUGACACCGGUGACCGUGUUCCAGAGUGACAGUGACAAUGACCACCCCGCUGUGACACCGGUGGCCACGUUCCAGAGUGACAGUGACAGUGACCACCCUGCCAUGACACCGGUGACCGUGUUCCAGAGCGACAGUGACCACCCUGCCAUGACACCAGUGGCCGUGUUCCAGAGUGACCACCCUGCUGUGACACCAGUGGCCACGUUCCAGAGUGACCACACCACCAUGACACUGGUGACCACGUUCCAGAGUGACCACCCCACCGUGACACCGGUGACCACGUUCCAGAGUGACCACCCCACCGUGACACCGGUGGCCACAUUCCAGAGUGACCACCCCACCAUGACCCCAGUGGCCGUGUUCCAGAGUGACCACCCUGCUGUGACACCAGUGACCACGUUCCAGAGUGACCACCCUGCCGUGGCCCCGGUGCCCAUGUUCCAGAGUGACCACCCCACCGUGACACCGGUGGCCACGUUCCAGAGUGACCACCCUGCUGUGACACCAGUGGCCGUGUUCCAGAGUGACCACCCUGCUGUGACACCAGUGACCACGUUCCAGAGUGACCACCCCGCCGUGGCCCCGGUGGCCGUGCCAGGUGCCGGCUGUGACAGUUAG